UCGUUUGGCAGCGCAGAGUCCGUGCGGGAGUCACCUGAAAAUCAUAUCGCGCUCCCAUUCGCUAAAAAUAUAUUUAUCGCAUCAACGCGCAGCCGUGACCAUUUCAAUUUUACAAACUUUUAGUUGAGUGCCGCCGGUUAGUUGAAGAAAACCACGUCACUGGUACGUUAACCCGAAUACACUUGCCACAAUGGGAAAAACGCCAACUGUAGAACCUUACGUUGAUUUCAACGAUGAGGAAGACGCAAAAGCAUUGAAGCAGGCCUUCAAGGGCUUUGGAUCUGAUGAGGAGGCCAUCAUCGACAUCAUCACCAGGAGAAGUAACGAUCAAAGACUUAAAAUUGCACAACGAUUCAAAACAAUGUAUGGAAAGGAUCUCAUAAAAGAACUCAAAAGCGAAUUGAGAGGCAACUUCGAGGAUGUCAUUAUCGCCCUCAUGACUGAACCAAUUGAAUAUCAAGCCAAGCAACUCCACCGUGCCAUCAGCGGCUUAGGCACUGAUGAAAGCACAAUCGUUGAAAUUUUGGGCAUCCACAACAACGAAGAUGUCAUUAAAAUUGCCCAGACUUAUGAAGGAUUGUAUCAAACUUCCUUGGAGAAAGACAUCAAGGGCGACACUUCCGGAACCGUCAAAAGGAUUUUAGUUUCCCUAUCAACAGGUCACAGAGACGAAUCCGAAGAUGUUGACCAAGAAAGCGCCUUCAAAGACGCCCAGGCCCUCUUGAGAGCCGGAGAGUUGUUCCACGGCACGGACGAAUCCACUUUCAACCAGAUCAUGUGCCAAAGAAAUCGCAGCCAGCUGAGACUCAUCUUCGACGAGUACGAGAAACUCACCGGCCACCCGUUCGAAAAGGCCAUCGAAAACGAAUUCUCCGGUACUUCCAAAGACACACUGCUGGCUUUGGUGGCCAUCAUUAGGGACAGGACCGACUACUUGGCCACCAGGUUGUUCAAGAGCAUGGACGGGUUGGGGACCGACGAUAAGACUUUGAUUAGGAUCGUGGUUUCGAGGUCUGAGAUCGAUCUGGGCGAUAUUAAGGUGCGCUUCGCCGAGAAGUAUGAAAAGACUUUGGUGGAGAUGAUUGAGAGUGAUAUUUCAGGAGACUCCAAAAAAUGUUUGUUAGGGCUUGUGCAAUAGUUGAUAAUUAAUAUUUAUAAUUAUAUUUACCAAAUACAGUAUUUUAAUAAAACUUAUACAUAAUAUAA